AUGUCUGUCUGGACCAAACUCGGCCUGAACGCCCGGGAGAUGCGCAAGGCCCGGCAGGAGGCGGGAAAGUUUCUAGGGCCCGAUCCGCCCAUCUGGGACGAUAUGGGCACCGACGUCCAGGAACGCAAAGUCGAGAGUUACAUCCAGUAUCUCCGCUAUAAUCAGAACAAUACCAUUGCCGACAAGCUCAGCGUCGACAAGGAAGCUGUCUUUGAGCUCUUGAGGACCCGAACCAAAACCCUUCGUCGUAAGUAA